ACUUAUGAUGUGAAACCGUUGAUUGUACUUGUGAGUUAAAUGGAAGUUGGUAUUCAAUUUACUUUAUUUUGUGUUCAUCAUGAAGUUCUGAUAUUUCUGUCUCAUGUUCGGAUCACCAGUUGUUUCAUCUAUUUAUUUUUAGUACUUCAAAUUCUUCUGAAUCCUGACUGUUUGUUCAAUUGCAGUCGGAGCUUAACUUCUUAGGAAGUUUUUCUCAUCCUAACCUUGUUAAGCUAUUAGGAUACUGUUGGGUAGAGAAUGAGCUACUCCUUGCCUAUGAAUUCAUGCCAAAGGGCAGCUUGGAGAACCACCUUUUUGGAAGGGACUCUGAUGUUCAGCCACUUCCAUGGGACAUUCGGCUUAAUAUACUAGUAGGAGCAGCUCGAGGGCUGGAAUUUUUGCACUCAUCGGAAAAACAAGUAAUUUACAAAGAUUUCAAGAUGUCAAACAUAUUGCUAGAUGAGUCCUACAAUGCCAAGAUGUCAGACUUCGGUUUGGACAAAUUGGGUUCCUCAGGUAGUGAAACACAUGUGUCAAUGAAGGUUAUAGAAACGUAUGGCUACACUGCUCCGGAGUAUAUUGCCACAGGGCACUUGACCAUGAAGAGCGAUGUGUAUGGUUUUGGUGUUGUAUUGGUUGAGAUGCUUACAGGCUUAUGCGUCCUUGAUACAAACCUUUCAAGUGCAAAACAUAAUCUGGUUGACUGGGUCAAACCAUAUUUGCCCCAAAAAAGAAAGUUGAUAAACAUAAUGGACUCCAGAUUGGAAGGGAAGUAUCCUUCAAAAGCUGCUUUCCAAAUAGCUCAGGUUGCUCUAAAAUGUCUUGGACGCGAACCAAAAACUAGGCCAUCAAUGACAGCAAUUGUGGAGAUGCUGGAACGUAUAGCUGCAAGCAACGAAAAACCCAUGGAUCCUGUGCAUCAUUGACCUCCACUUCCCCCCAGGGAAGACGCAAUUCAGUCCUAUCAACUAGCUCAAUGAGCAUGGUAACUUCAAUAUGCUGCUUCCCCUGAAGAGCGAUGUUUCCAUAUAAAGUUGGUUGUUUCUAAUUAUAUUAAACUCUCUUUUUUUCUUCUACCUUGUCACCUCCUGAAAAUUGUAAUUGGUUUGGUCGUUCUAGUGGUGAUUUGUAUGUUAGCAAUCAAAAUGCAACUAUUGAUGCUAGUCUAUUGACUUUUGCUUGAUAAUAUUUUAAACAUA